CUGUAUGUGCGUUGCUAUAUUGCUUCACUUCUGCUAUCUGGCUGUGUUUGCAUGGAUGCUGGUAGAAGGGAUUCAUCUCUACAGCAAGGUCGUUCAGGUGUUCGGUAGUGAGUCAAGCAAAUUGAAAUAUUACUUCCUGAUAGGCUGGGGGUUGCCAUUCAUCAUUGUUGGCAUAUCAGCCGCAGCCAAUCACAACGGAUAUGGAACAGAGAAACAUUGUUGGUUGGACAUUGCUAGUGGGCAGAUUUGGGCUUUUGUUGGGCCAGCAUUACUGAUCAUUUUGAUUAAUCUGGUUGUGCUUGGUAUGGUGGUCAGGAUUGUUAUCAACUCAGCAAAGAUGCAGAAAGAAAAAGAAUAUGAUCACAUCAAGGCUGGUGUUAAAGGUGCCUUGGUUUUGUUACCAUUGCUUGGUCUCACAUGGGUGUUUGGAUUAUUUGCCGUGGAUGAAGGCUCCUUAGUUUUCCAGUAUCUGUUUGCCAUCUUCAAUUCUCUGCAAGGAUUUUUCAUUUUCCUAUUCCAGUGUGCUUUCAACUCGGAGGUACGCGCAGCAUAUCAGAGAAAGAAGGAGAAGAGAGCAUUGGCAAGAGGAGAGUUUGUCACUUCAACAUCAGGAACUCACGGUGGCUAUGAGACUGCUAAUAGAACAACAAAGACCGCACUGACGACUUUCAGCUCAUCAGAUACUUCAGAUUACGGCCGUGGAUCACCAGCUGGUUUGGCACUUAGUCGUAAGAGUAGUCAAUCUUCAGCUGAAACAUUAAUAAAAGAUGAUGAUAGCGUGAUCAGUACGUCAAAAGUGAAGCUAAAGGACAAGCACAUGGAUACUGCUUCCUAUAAAGCUCCGUCUUCACCUCUGCCUGGAACUGUUGAGGAAGAUGACGAUGUUGAGAUUGUACAUUGUUGAAUUCACAUCAUUGAUAUGUAUCGUCUACAGCAAAGAAGAACGUUCAUAUUGCGAUAUAUCAGAUGUUCGUUUCCUAGUUGCACCAAAAUGCAUUCCAUUGAAAACAAUGUGUUGCCAAACUAGACAGACUUAUCAGAUUACUGCAUAUUUUAAACAAAAAUAGCAACCUCAUUUGUUUGAAUUUUGUCUAGAUCCAAUUCACAGCUGUUAUAAAUUUAGGAGGAUAAAUAAUAUAUGUUUACUGUUUCCG